AUGUAUUGUGAUUGUUUUAUCAUUACAAUGUGAUUUGCAGCUUACAAUAUAGGACUUUGCAUAGUGGUAUGUCAUUUUGAUUGUAAGACGUGAGAGUCGAAUGGUCAAAAAUUAUUCAGAAUGACUGAUCAAGAUACGAAUAAUAAUACUCUUCUAUUACGGGAGAAUUUGGUAAAAACAGCAGUUCAGUUUCUGCAAAAUCCUAAAGUGACAUCAAGUCCGUUGAAACAAAAGCAGGAAUUUCUGAAAAGAAAAGGCCUUACAGACGAGGAAAUUAAAAUGGCUUUCAAACUAGCAUCUGUCGACAAUAUAGCAGAUCAAAAUGCCUUUUCGAAUCCUAGUCAGAAUCCAUAUACUGCUAUACAAAUGCCACAAGGAUCUAUUCAUUCGUAUCGUCAAAUGAGCAUUUACCAACCGACACUUUUACAAAAAGUCAAAGAAUUCUUUAAUGCAGCUGCAUUAAUUGGCAUGACAGUAUACUGCACUUAUUGGUUUUAUAAGAAAUUUAUAGAACCUUUUCUGUUUGGUCGAAGAAAGAAGAGAAGUGUAGAAGAUAGAGUAACGGAAUUAGAUAAAACCGUCCAAACUUCUAUGAAAGAUGUAAAAGAUUCUAUUUCAAAAAUAGAAAAUGAAGUGCAAAAAUUAACUCAACAUCAAGCGCUGGAUCCAACUAUCCCACAACUGGUACAAGAACUUAAACAGGAUUUAUCUAGUCUAAAAGCUUUACUUUUAUCAAGGAAACAAUUUCCUACUGCCCCGGCGUCUAUACCACCAUGGCAGUUAAGCGCAACGAAUGUAAAUCAAGAAAAAACAACUGAACGAGAGGAUGAUGCUGGAAGUGGAAGUAGUACUAACAAUUCGGAUAGUUCUUUGGAAAUGAUUCGAGAAGAUCCACCCAAAGAAUAAGUUUAGGAGUUUAGGAAUUUUGUUGUGUUUAUCAUUGCUUCUUCCAUAAUGAAUCUUCGAUAUAUGAUAUACUUGGAUAUAAUAUAUUGAAGCAAAAAGAUCAUAGUUGCAAUAGUAUGUAAUAUUAGAGAAAUGUUUCAUAUUUUUAUACAGGAUGUAAAAAAGAAAAAGUUUGGAACUGAUGGUUGGCUCUUUUUUUUUUUAACAUCUUGUACAUAUAUUAGCAUUAACUUUGCGUUUUGGUGGUAUUCAUGAUUUUAUAAAUGUUUUAAUAUUUAUCGACCAGUGUUCUAAUGUUACAAAGAACGACCUUUAAUGUAUAAUAGAUGAGAAACAAGUUUAUAUAUUAAUUGUGUCACUUACUAUAAUAAAAACCGAUCGAAUCAAUGUAUUAAAUUAAAAUAUAAUUGCAGAUUUUCACUUGCGAUCUUUAAUAAAAUAUGUUUUUGUGUAAGAUUUAAAUAGACUAUUAAUAGAUUCUUAAAUAAAUUUACUUUGAUACUUUAUAUUAUCACAGUACAAAUAUAAGAGAAAUGAAAAGAAUUGAGAUAUAUAACCAGAAAUUUUUUAAUUCUUUUGAAAAGUCUUUACAUGAGCAGAAGAGAUGUUUUCGAUUUUAUUGGCUUGGAUUAUAUAUUUAGUAUAUAGGAAAUGUCCUUGUGUAUAAAUUUGUAAGAAUUAGGUUGUUUCAUAUAAAUUAUAGAUAUAAAGAUGCGUAGCAAUUUUCUACAUAUCAUGAAAAGUAAAUCGCUUAAUAUAUGUAACAUGUAUGUAAAUAUUAAUAUUCGAUUCUAGAAUUAAAAACAUCAAAGACAGUUACAAUACAAAGUAUCAUAUUUACAAAUCUUGUAUCGAAAAUGGAAUUGUAUUACUGAGAAAUAAGUAUAUUUCCAUCUAUCCGUAUCUGCGUUACAGUAUGAACAAUGUCAUAUAUGUGUACAGAUAUAAUUUUAUUGAAUAAAUAAAUUAACUUGAUUUCCA